AUGUAUGAAGAGAUGGCUUCCAUGGUCGACGACUUCCCACGAUGCAGCUCGCUUCCUUCUUUCAAGUCACCCAUCGGUAAAACGAGUGUUGAUCUAGGCGAGGAUCGCCGCCUGCCUCCAUUGCCCCGCGUAGACCCACUGCCUCGGGGUCCUUUCAACCCAUUUCAUGUUAGGGAUGCUUUCACUCCUACUACUCCGGGCUCCCAGGACUCGUUCCAGCUCAAGUCUCCAUGGUCCAGUGAGCAGAUAGUUGCUCCCCCUUCCCCAGCCAAUUCUGCCGAGAGCUCCUGGCAGGAGUCGUUCGCGGCUCAGAAGGCUGCCUCUAUCGAGUGGCCUAACGACCUCUCCCAAACCGAGAUCAUUGCCCUGAUUUCACCCCAAAAUAUCAACCGCAAGGCCCCCCUCCAACAACUAUGCGGGCGUAAGCGCAAAGGUAGCGCCAUCUCCCCUGACCUCGAUGAUCAGCGCGAGAAACACCGAAUUGCAGAGGGUAACAGGCGCCAGAACCUCAGUGAGCUCCAUCGCCAACUCGAUAGCCGCAUUCAUGACUUUUUCUUGGAACGUGCCGGCUGGAACCCAUCUAAGAGCCUGCCCCAGUCCAAAGAGCACAUUGUGCAGGGUGCUGUUUAUCUUAUUGACUUUAUGCUUGUCAUCAUUGUUCACUUGAUCCGCCAAGAACAAGUCUCUCCCCAACUAUCUGAGAAGCUGCAGCCUCAAGUCCGCUGCAUGCAGUUACAGCAGCUUGUACAGUCGCUUCAGCAACAGAACUAUACUGUCCAGCAGCAGCUUCAAGUUGUCAAGGCUGAGAAUGAGACACUUAUGGACCGCAACCGCGCCCUCGAGUUCCAGUUGAAAUCUUACGAGCAAAUGCUCCGCUCUCCCAAGUCUGAGAGUACCAGCCCCAGACCACUAGUCGAGGUCCCUGGUCACAAGCGUCAGAAAAAGGCACUUCCCGGUCUACGUGUCUUCUGCGAUGGAAUUGGUGCUAACGUGACUGCCGAAAGUCCAAUUCACAAUGAUCUUCUGCACAGCGCCACUUCUCAAGGCCUCAACCCUUCUUAUCUUAGCUCAACACCGCCAAUUACCGGUCCACCUUCACCGGCCUUCCCUUCAUCCCACCCUUCCAUAUUUGGCUAUUCGACUUCACGACGCCAAUCUAGGAUUGCAUCCCCCUGA